GGGUAUUUCCCCUGCGUCGGUCCCCGUUGUACGACCCUGUUAAUAUAUAUUUAAUAUACAGUUUAUUAAUGAGACUACGAAACCAGUUAUAAGGUAAAGUGAUAAGCAACGUCAUUUACAAACGCACGCAUAUAUUCUAAUAUGAUACAGCGUGUCCAGAAAGAAUGUCACCACACACAAUGCGCUUCAAUUUUUCGGAUUACUGAUUUUUUUCUUGACAAUCGCACGGUUCGUUGUUCAAAUCAGAGUCAGUUGAGUGGAGAAAUCUUCGUGACGCGAGUGAAUAACGUUGGUAAACCCAGGAAUUCCUCCUUUGUCUCGAUAUAAAAUACUCUGUAAUGGUCUUUUGAAAGCUAACGUUUACAAUGUUCUUCAAAAUAUUAGAGUUCAGCGUGUUACUGUGUAUAGGACAUCUUGUCUAUGCGCAAGUUGGGGACAGAUGCUUUUUUCAAGGACGCAACAAAGAAGGUAUAUGUAAGCUUUUCCAUGACUGUCGUAGUGCUGAAGAAGGUGCAAGGAGGGAUAUUGAGCCGACAGUAUGCGGCUACCAGCGCAAUACUAUCAUAGUCUGUUGCGAAGAUAGCAAUCGCAACGAAAAUUAUAACAAUUACCAAAGUCAUAACUACAGCCCUCAGACAAACGAGGAUCCUUACAGACCGGAAACGUCGGAUUUUAUAUUCCCCGAUCAAGAACUACCUAUACGAGACAGAGAUCCAAUCAAAGAAAAUACUGGUAGUUCCAGAAUCAGCGAACAAAAAUGUAAAGAAUAUAACAAGGCUAUUGUGGGUGAGGUUCAAGUAUUGCCAUUAGUUGCAAAUCCACAACCAAUUAGCAUCAAAAUCAAUAAAUGCGAUCAUAAUAGUGUACCACUGAUAGUUGGGGGUAAACCAGCACAAUCUGGAAAAUACCCUUUCAUGGCGGCUCUUGGAUUCAACACAGAUGAAAAAUGGCUGUGCGGAGGAACACUGAUCAGUCACAGGUUCAUCUUAACAGCAGCACACUGCACAUCUAGCCGUAGUGGAUCGCCGGUGGUGGUUAGACUGGGAGCACUAUAUCUGUCCCAGGAGACUAGUACUUCCGAAGACUACAGAGUCGCAGAUAUAAUCGUUCAUCCGAAUUAUCGAUAUCCAGAAAAAUAUAAUGAUAUCGCUCUAAUCAGAGUAGAGAGGGACAUCAAGUUUACCAAAUAUGUGCGCCCAGCUUGUCUAUAUACCAAGGAUCAUAUUAGCCAAAAAGCGGCUAUAGCUACUGGAUGGGGAAGAAUCGAUUAUGCUGGUGAAACCAGCGACCGAUUGCUGGAGGUUAAUUUGAACAUCUACGAUAAUAGCUUAUGUCAAAAAGCCUACCGCAAUAACAAUGGCUUAGCAAACGGAAUUACGUCAACCAUGAUAUGUGCAGGAGAAUUGAAAGGUGGAAAAGACACCUGUCAGGUAUGUUAUCAUUCAUUAGCAGAUCAAGGGCGUACCCAGAAGGGGGCAAGGGGGGACAGCUGCGCCCCCCCUUUUCCCUAGCUUGGACUAAAUUAAAUAGAGGAAACAUUUUUACAAAAAUUAAAUUAUUCAUGUUCAGGAUUCUCCACAACCGGAAUCUAAAUCUGUUAGAUGAGGAAUUAGCAGGAUUAGUUGAAAUCUAUGGUAGAUAUAAACUCAAUUUUGCUAAAAGCACUAAAUAUGUUACGUGUGUUUGGAACUCGGGAAAGGGUAAAGAGAAUGCCAUACGCUCAGUUUUAUUGUGGUCCGAUUUCUACGUAAAAUUAUGCAUCAAUAAUUACUGAUAUCUAGGCUACACGAUCCAUAAAUGUCACAUCUCUUGAUAAAUAUAUUGAUGGAUCACAGUGAAUACUGAUCUUGUGACAUUCGUCUAAACGUCGCGGGGUAUUUUAUGGAGGCAAAGUUGCACAGACAACUAAAGAAUGAACUUGGACAGUUUGGAAAUUCAAAUCAUUUCCGAAUUUAUUCUAAGUCGUGUUUAGUCUUUAGUCCGAAACGAAACUUUUUAAACAUCCACAUUUUCUACAAAUCUCAAACAAGUUACACAAUAACAUUAUCACUUUUCCUCUUCUAAAUGGUGGCCUAAUUAAAAUUUAGUUCUGACUUUUCAAUUCUCAGUUUUUUAAAAUUAUACCGUUUUUUAUGUCUUAAUUAUUUAUAGAAUGCAUACUUUUGUAUCAAUGCGUAACAUGUUAUCAUCUUUGAUAUUCUAUGAAAUAAAUGACUAUAUGAUAAUUUCAAAGUUGUUCGCCUAUGCAAAAAUGGCAUAGAUGAGACAAAUCAAAGUUCAGACGGGGGAUAAGAGACGAAAAAUGAUAUUAAUGUUCUGUUUAUGCCACUUUGCAGGGAUCAAAAAGUGGCAAUGUUAAUAAAAUAAUAAAUUCAGAAAAAAAUAGAAACGAUUCUGGGAAAAUCGUUCCCUUUUCCGUGUACCUCCAGAGAUACUCGAAGCAUCAAAACUUUUCAAAUGGAUGUUCUUAAAUAUAUAAAUACGCAACUUUGCCACCAUUCAACCGACCCACAUCUCUUACUGUUUCGGAGAUCACAAUGGUGAAAAUAUGACAAGUUUGUUUUUCAAAUCAUUCUAGAACAAACUAGGUACAACAUCCUUCUACAUAAGCUAUAAAACUAUUUUUAGCAUUCCGUGCUAUAUCAAAACUUAUUCCUUUGAAAGUGGCAUAUCAGAAAAUAUACUAACAGAUGUACGGUGUCCCAUUAAAAAAGUCGUUGUCAUUUCGGUAUGAAUCACCCUGCAGGGAACCGUAUAGUCGACAAUUUUUGUAAAUAACAUUUUUAUUCUGUUUUACAGUAGUUUGCAUUUUUGAUUGUGUUCAAAAUCAUCAGAAAUGGAAAAAAAGAUAAAGUCAAGUUUGGGGGAGUUACAGAUUUUUUGGUCAUAAUACUGGUACCAUUAAACAGGCCUUUCAAAAUUUCUUAAAAGCCUGUGGUACUUUCCAAGUUAUAGAAGAACCAAUAAUUAUGUUAGUUUUUUUGACGGUUUCUCUAUCGUAACAGGACCGAUAAACAAAAACUUCAAGUAUUUUUCUGACUGUAAUAGAGGGCCAAGGAAUACCUGACGAACGCGACAAAAAUGUACCUACAUGUUAUUUCUGGAAAUUAUUCUUCCAUUUCAAGUUUUUUCGCGAUUACAAUACUUUCCUGGUCUAUUAACGCCCAAAAAAUAGGUAUAUAAAAUUUGCAGUAUAUUUGUCAUAUAUUAUCUCAAACGUUGCUUUCAAGUAUUGCAAUUCAGCAUAGUAUUUUGGUUUCACUGUUCGAAAUCUGACGAGGUGUUUAUAUGCCAGAAAAUAAUUUUAAGAGCAGCAUUAAAAUUAUCCCAGAUGACAUCUUGUAGAUAGUACUUCAAAAAGUUGAAAAUAUUAACAUUACCAUACAAAUACAUACUGUUAUUACAAUAAUAUGAUCACUAGAAACUGUAACAAUCUAAACCAGGUUAUAUAAGCAAAGCCCAUACUAUAACGGUGUAAAAAUUCUUAAUGCUUUGCCAGUACAUAUAAAAGACUGCACCAGUACAUAUGGCUUCAAAAAAUAUUGAAAGUUUAUUUAAUAGAAAAAGCGUUUUAUUUACUGAAUGAAUAUUCUAAUUGUCCAUAGUUUUUUUUGAUGUAAUGUUUUUUUGUGUACGUGUGGCAAUAAUGCUUUUAAAUGCGAGAUUGUACCAUCAAAGUGUUUAUUUCUUCUCAUUUUGGCGUUGUCUAUGUUUACCACUGUGAACCUUAUGACAAUAAAUUAUUAUUAUUUAAAAAAGAAUUAGAUUGAAUGUUCCAAAAAAGUCAUAGUACAGGGUCCGGCAAUGAAACGGGAAGAUUUGGGGUGGGGCUUGCAGCGGGCGGUGAAGUGGUAGGGAGGACAGUCACAGACCUGUCGGGACCCGAGUGGCUGGAGCGUUGGACGGGUGAGCAUCGCGGUUACGCAAUUAAGGCUUAUUACCAAAAUGGCGAGAGUUUAGUGCAAACGCGUCGAGAUUUUAGACGGCAUUUUAACAUACCGCGUAACCAACCGGUUCCGUCAGACCAUGCGAUUCGAAUGUGGCUAAACAACCUCGAGCAAACUGGAUCGACGUCUAGAGAAAGAGGUGGUAGUGCCAGAACGAUUCGAACCCCUGAAAAUAUUCAACGUGUUCGACAAGCCAUUUUAAGAAGUCCACGACGAUCGGCCAUCCGUCACGCCACACGCCUUCGAUUAAGUGACAGAUCGGUGAGAAGGAUUCUCCAUCAAGAUCUUCGAUAUCACCCGUUUAAAAUACAGGUUGUUCAAUCUCUUCACCCGGAUGAUUAUCAACAGCGUCUCAGAUUUUGUGAGGUUAUGCUUGCAAGGCUGGAAGAAAUUGAUGACCAGGUUAACAACUUGUGGAUGAGCGAUGAGGCACAUAUUCACCUCUCCGGUUUUGUUAACAGACAAAAUUUUAGAUACUGGGCGGAGGCUAACCCUCGUAUGCUUCAUGAAUCACCUCUUCAUGCUCAGAAAGUGACAGUAUGGUGUGCAACGUCUGCAAAUGGAAUCAUCGGUCCGUAUUUUUUUGAGGAUGAGGCUGAAAAUGCCGUUACCGUUAAUUCUGAGAGAUAAGUUUCAAUGAUUCGGAACUUCCUCACACCUGAACUCUACCGCUUUCCAGUUAAUGAACACACACUUUUUCAACAAGACGGUGCAACAAGCCACACUGCAAGAAUUUCGAUGAAUGCGGUGAAUGCU